CCACAAUUAGGUUCAUCAAUCGGAAUCUUUAAUGGUGUUGUGGCAUGGAUACAAGGCAUGGUGUUAAGUGGUAUUACAGCAGAAGAUAGAGCUAAGAUCGUGACUAAAUUCAUCGAAGUAGGCAAGUAUCUAAAAGCUAUCAAUAACUUCGAAACACUAAUGGCUGUUGUUACCGGUUUAAGUCAUACAUCUUUAGCAAGACUCAAUCAAACGUUUGCAUUACUUUCCAAUGAAUCUAAAAUGGCUCUUGCAGGAAUGAUUGAUUUGCUAACCGUUACCGAUAACGCUAGUCGAUAUCGUAAAGCUGUAGCUGAAUGCAAUUGCUACAAGAUGCCAAUAUUGUUAACAAUCCACUUGAAAGAUUUAGUCUCAUUAGAUGCUGUUAUGCCUGACUAUACUCGCGAUCAAAAGAUUAAUUAUCAAAAGCUCUUACAAUUAUCAUGUAUUUUGUCUGAAUUAACGAAUGGGCAAAAAUAUUUUCCUGAUAUCAAAGUCAAUGCUGAAACAAUUGAUAUGAUGAAGUUAUCGCUGGAACCUCGAUUUUCUGAAAAUGAAAUUUAUGAAUUAUCAUUAGCCAGAGAACCUCGAGCUCCAAAAGCAGCCGGAUCUAUAGCUGUUUUCAAGUGUUAUGAUCGUAAUAAAGAUGGAGUGCUCUCUAUGGAAGAAUUUGCUGCUAUUGCUAGUAAUUUUCCAUUUCUUGAUGCGUUUGGGGUCAUUGAUACUGAUGACGAUGGCCAUAUUACUAAAGAAGAAUUAUUGACCUACUUCGAACGGGCAAAUUUUCAAGCUUUACGUCAAGGAUUUGUCCAUGAAUUUCAAGAAACAACCUAUUUAUCUCUAACUACUUGUUAUCAUUGUGCACGCCUUCUUUGGGGCGUUAUUAAACAAGGAUACAAGUGCAAAGGCUGUGGAAUAAAUUGCCAUAAACAGUGCAAAGAUCUAGUGGUAGCAGAAUGUCGGCCACGAAAUAAUCGGGAUAACAGUAAGUUCAAGGCCAAUUUCUAG